AUGAGAAUUAAAAUAAGUAUGACGUGUUGGCUGUUCUUGAUGCUGUCGAACGCCAUGCUAUCUCGUGAAGUUCAAGGGAUGACUGAUUUGUUGGGCGUCGAAGAAAAUGAGCAAUUUUGGCGGCGGAAAAUAUUCUACAACCAGCCAUCCUUCAAGAUGCUGAAACGUCAGCUAAUUUAUUCAUCCGCCAACAGCAAAGAUGGUGGUGGUCUCAUUCAGUCCAUCCAUAUGGUGUUCAGUUCGGACAAACAGAUCGAUGUCAGAUGGUUCCGAAGCGAGAGUACUAAUAGUGACCCGAACUUCAAGUUGAACUUGCUAAGGUCAGGCGAGGUUUGGGCGGCAAAGCUGGACUUCGUUGGACUCUCACUUUUGAAAGACUUCGUCACAAUCUUUUCAUCAAAAGACGGAUCAAUCCAUUACCAGCUGAACACAAAAAUUGACACAAAAUCCAUUUCCGGUUCGACAAAUCACGUGAGCUUGAUACAGAGCCCUGAUUGGUUGAUCAGUCCCCCAAACGAGGUCACGUUUGAAAUUGGUCAGAACGGCGGAUUUGCUGACGAGUUGGAACUCUUGAAAUCGAAAAAACUUCAGCAAGCAGCAGAGAGCCAACAGCAGCACAGACGCAUCCAGCACAACUCAAACAGCGGUCUCUCCAGGAAACAACAUUCCAAAAAAUCCUCCCUGAAGUGGGACUUCCAGUCGAUCAUCAACUACCACAGGGACACCACAGCCAGAACGGAAAGUACGGACGAAGGCAUUCUGGUCGGGAAGAAGUACAAGAUGCCCGGAGACACAAACAACACCAUUUAUUACGUCGGCAUGCACGUUUUUAAUGCCAGCCAAUCAGAAUCAGGGAAAUAUUUGUGCAGGUUCGAGAGGAGACACGAUACGCUGGUACAUCUCAGUCGCGUGACAGGACUUUCGGCCAAUGAAAUUUCUUCACGCCGAAGUAAACCAAAUUAUUUUACGGCUAGUAACUUUAAGAGUGAAGUUGAUGAUGUUAGCAAUGAAAACGCGGGUGACCAUGGCGAAGUAAGUAGAAGAAAAAGCACAAAAAAGAAUAAAAAGACAAAAAUAAUAAACCGUGAUAAGAGACAAGCUUUGAAAUUGAUUCAAUCACUUCAAGAUUUUGGACCUAACACGGAAAAAGAACGCGACUACAAACGCGACACCGCAAACAGAAACAGCAGCAGCAGCAGCAACUUCAACAACGACAUCCACAUCGAGUUAAUUUCAUGCGAUGAUGGCUUAAUUACCGACGGAGUUGUUAGAUUGUUUCGGAAUCGACCGACUUGUUUGAGAUGCCGGGCUGUCGAUUCGAGUGGAAAAAAAUUUCCCUCUGUUAGCAUCUUCAAAAAUGAUGUUGAUCUGGCUGAUAUCUUCUCGGCUCAAAUCUCUUCCAACAAGAUGAAUCUGAUUAGGAAGAAGAAAAGAAGUGUUGAUGGAGGAGCUAUUGCUGCUACUGCAACAGCUGCUGAUGAUAAUUAUGACGAUGAUUAUGAUGAUGAUAUUGAUGAAGAUGACUAUAAUAGUGAUGAUGAUAAUGGUGAAAAUGUUGAUAAUAGUAAUUAUGAUGUUGUUAGUCGUGAUAAUAAUGAUGAAGACGGCGAUGGUGAUUUCAAACGAGUGAAUGGUGAACAAAUUUCAAAAAAGCGCUCGAAACGGGCCAACGACAUAAUGCUGAAAAUAAACAAAUACUACAGUAAGAACAAGGGCGAUGAUAAUUACGACGACGAGGAAGAUAGUAACAUCCCCAAAGUCGACCGCCUGAGCUACUGCAGCUACCACCACAACCACAACAGCCACAACCAGCCACAACAAAAACAUUUCAACAACAAAUGUGUGGGUGUUUCAAAAUUUAUUAACGUGUUAGAUGGUGGGGUAAGUGAAAUGACCUUGACAUUUCAUCGACCUUCAACUCACACCUUGACCCCGGGCCAUGGCUACAGCUGCAAGGCUAGCAGUGGCUCAUUGUCCGCGCGCAUCGACUUCAGAAUUGAAAUUUCUAAAUAG